UCGAUGCCCGUGUCAGCCCGCGCUCGCACGCCCGGGCGCUCGCCUCAUCGUCGCCUGCCCGUCGACGCACGACGCCUCGCUCGGCCAGCCGAGCCAGUGUAGUUCCCCGCGGAACCGAGCCAGCAGGGACUGCGCGAAGCUCCCGUCCGAUUAUGCACGACGUGGCGGCACGGAGCGGCGGCGGCAGCGGCGCCAGAGCCGACGGCAGCCAGGUCCGUGCCAAAGCCGUGGGCGGCUCGCGGUGGUCGUGAAUGGACAGGCGCGGCGGCGACCGGCGACAGCUGGCGGCUGGCGGAGAGGCCUCGACGGCCUCGCUGCGACCAUGAGGACCGAGGAUGAGGACGCGGCGUGGCGGCGGCGGCGUCAGAUGAUAAUGCGCGCUGCGCGACGGGUUGGCCGCUCGACGAACGACCCACUGCGACACGGCUGAGCCCACCACGGACCGGCAACGACAACGACGCAUUUGCACGGCAAUAUCGGCGAGGCGAGGGUGCAACGCCGUCUACUCCGCAGCCGCUGAGCACAUCGAUCGCAUCCAGACCAAGGCGCAUCGUCAGUUCCGCGAGCUAGCUUCUCCCUUGCGCUCGUCGGACGAGCGACGGGGACAGCGAAUGCAAGAGGCGAGGCGCGGGAUGCGCGACGAUCGCCUCGCAAAAGUGAUCGACGAAAGUGUGUGACGGGGCCCGAUCGAUCUUCGUCCGCGUCCCUUGGCUCUGGCGCGGGCCACAGCGAAGACAUGGGUUGCGGUCAGAGCAAGAUCGGCAACUUCUACUCCAGAAACAAGAAGAACAAGAGCGCAUCCAAGAGCAAUGGACUCUCGGCGCGCUCGGCGUCCAUCGAGCAGAAGAACGGGAACGGCGGCAACAACAAGGCCAGCAAGACCAACAACAACGGGGCCGAGGUGAACCGCAACGAGGAGCAGAACGGCUUGCUCGACAAGCACUCGCUCGCCAAGAAGAAGCCCGCUGUCCCCGGCGGUGGCCCCCUGCUGCAACAGACCGAGAUAUCGACCAGCCAGCUGGACUUCUUCAAAAUGCUCGACGAGAAAAUCGAAAGCGGUCCUGAUUACGACGAGAGCUCGGACGCGUCGCAGCGCCGCGAGCACAUCGACACGAUGCUGCGACGCUGGGAGUUGGCCAGCGCCUCGUGGUCCAGCUCGGUGGCGGAACUGAAUCGCAGCAACAGCUUGCAGGCGGCAUCGUCGGAGCGCUACCAGGUGCCAUCGAGCCGGCUUUACCCGCAGCAGCUGCCGAGCCGCGACCACGCGAGCUACAAGUCCCCGCCGAGCGCGAUCGGCGCCGGCGCGACGUCCGGCUCGAAGGACCGCGAGCGACCGGAGAGAGCGCGCUUCGACGGCCUGCACGACGUCGCGAGCUACCACUGCCCUUCGCCGCCGAGUAUGCCGCGACACGUGCUCGAGCCGAUCAGCCAGAGCCCAACUCAGAGUCUGCGACCGCCGCCCGGCGCCGCUGGCGUCGUCUCCGUGCAGCCGUCGGCCGCUUCCUCGAUUGACCGCUACAGCAACGCCGGCUACUCGCCGAACUCGUACAACAGGCACGAAGCGCCGCCCGGCGCGCUCAUCGGAAACUCGCCUGGCAAUCCCUAUGUGCACCAGUUCCAAAUCCAGAGUAGGAACCGUGUCACGUGAUGACAGCCCGAGCCACCUGGCGAUCGGCUACUUUGAUAAGACUGAUUAAACGACAACACUGCGCGCGCUCCGCAAUAUUCAAAAACGAGGCUCUCGGCCCACAGAGAUUUGGACUCUAGGCGAUUGAACGUGGUGGUGCGCGUGCGCGCGAUCCGUUUGCCGGCCGACGACCACGACGCUGAGCUCUCGUGCCUGCAAGCGCUUUUCAACGACUUGCCACACGAUCCUCGUAGCUCUGCGUGGAAAUUGCUAAGCAAUUCGUUCUUUUUCUUCUUUUUCUUUUUUUUUUCUUUUUUUUUUCUUUUUUUUUUCUUUUUUUUUCUUUUUUUUUUCUUUUUUUUUCUUUUUUUUUUCUUUUUUUUUCUUUUUUUUUCUUUUUUUUUCUUUUUUUUUCUUUCAAAUUCCAAGACUGCGGAUAUGCUGCGUUUGUUGUUUUGCAGUUUAUCAAGAAUAAAAAUAAAAACAAAUAUCGAUUAAUGCGCGAGACAUACGUAUAAUUGUUCACUUGAGUUUUGCCGAAUUUGAUCGUUCUCAAAAUAGGUCGCGCGCUAUAACGUCAGUAGGAGCAAGAAUAUUGUUAUCGAUAACUUUUGUUCGCUAAUUUUUUUUUUCUCGAUUGUUCAUUUGCGAUUUUUUUCCGUUCAAAAUGUAUGCUUUUGUAAAAAAUAUCAAUCAAGCUGGAAAUAAGAGAGUAAAGGUAAAUUUGUUAAAAAUAAUGUUCAAUGAGAAAUAAGAGUACUAGAAGAAUUAUUUUCGAAACAAAAUUUCAUGUGACGAGUUAAUUUUUUUCGCAAUAACUAUUCAAUUGCCAAAUUACGCUUUUUUUAUACUUUUAUACUGAGCAAAGAAAAGUUCACAUUGUAUCAUUCACAUCAGAUAAUAAUUACAAUAAAUUUUUCCAUUUUGUCUUUACGUUGAAUACAAUAGUAACUCGGGUAAACCUUUUUCUGAAUCCUUUAAAAAAAUCCCGACCCUUGAUAUUUAUAAAAAUAUUAGGAUUUUUCAGUUGACAUAUUGCAUAAAUCAAAAGAAUCGACCGGUUCGACGUAUAAGUGACAUGAUCUAUUCAUAAGAAGUACAAUCCAGAAAGAUUGAUGUAUUACAAUAGUUAAAAAUAGUCAAAGAAGACUAAAAAUAACUGAAAACACAUACUCAAAACAAAAAUAAAUCAAAACAAUAAAGUUUGAUGGCAUUUAUAAGUAACAUAAUCUUCCUUUCUGAAUUAACUAAACUAUACAAGAAAAUUUCGUAAAAUUUAAAGAAAUUUGAUAUAAAUUUUAAUGAAAACUAAUUUCUAUGUGUUUUAUUUUUUACUGUCCCAUAGAGUAAACGUAAAGUAUCCACACGAGCCAAAAUGCAUAUAGAGCUAAAAAUUACAGCAACCAAAUUCAGUCCUAUAAUCUUCUCUGUACUACUGACGUAUAUAGAAUAAACAAGACAUUCUCUAUUAUAAGUGCCAAAGGAGCGAUAAUGAGAAUGGAAUUCAAGAUCGCGUGACGAAAGUGAGAUCGAUGGUCGACAAAUAUGUAUACAUAACUACGCGAGCUCUUGAUCCAGACUUGUAUAAAUGUAUUAACAAUGUUCCAAUGGAAAUAAUCGUGCAGAAAGAAUAAGCGAUUUCGCAUGUAUAUAUACAUAAAAUGGCUUUACGUACAUAUGCGUGUGUACAAAACGCCAGCGCUUUAUAUAUGUAAAUACAUAUAUUUAUAAAAUGAAUUUAAGAGCAGAAAUAAUAAGAUUAAAGUAAAGAAUGAUGAAGGUAUAUAUGGAGAUACGUUGAGCAAUUUACUGAGAGCGGAAAAAAUAUACGGUUGUAGGCUUCUAGAGACACAACAAAAAAUCGUAAUAAUGUGUAUAGAUUCAAAGUAAAUGUAACGAUAAGAAAACCGUUUCAAAUGCGCUAAAUAAGAGACAACAAAACAUCUUUGACGUGAUAACUGUAUAUUUCUAUGUUGACCAUGUUAUCGAAUGAUGACUAAUUGAGAGAGAAAAUUUAUGAAAAGAUUAUACGACAGAAACAAAAAAGGAACUAUAUAUAUAUGUAGUUGAGGCUGAACAAAUUUUAUAUUUCAUGUUACAACAUACACUACGAAAGAAAGAAACAAAAUGUACUUGCAGAGAUAUAUAUGAAUUGACCUUUAGAAAUACACGCGCGCGCGCACACACACACACACACACACACACACACACACACACGCGCGCGCGCGCGCGCGCGCAGACACAUACACUUCCGGUCAUUAAUUGCGAUGAUUAUACGCUGCGUAACAGAUAAUAAUCAUUGACUACUUCAGCGAUCUACUAUUCUGUUGAAUCAGACUUUCUUUUCGUAAAUAAAUUCAUAAUUUCUCCUUA